AUGGAAUCGUGUUUAAACAAAACGGUUUCAAAGGAAACAGAUUGUUGCAAUACGAGUGAGUAACAAGUUCAGAGCAAUAAUUGUGAACUAAUGCUGUAAUUGUGACAUUAUAAACGUGGACUUCUUGACCGAUACAUUCAACGUUGUUGUCAUGGACUCGAGUUCCGACGAAGAAAUCAGGAAAUUGGAAGAGGAAUUAAAACGAAAAAUAGAGCUAAGAAGACGAAAAAAACACGAACAGGGAAAUAAUAGCGUGUUACGCAAGCAGUCAGAUGAUGAAAAUCCGGGUUCUUUAAAAAUGCAAGCAGAAGUUAAGACGUUUGUGGACAAUCAACACAAUCCAACUGAAGAAAAUAUGCAGCCAACGGAGACAAAAAAUAUAGAUGCAGAGACAACAAAGACUUUUAAGAAAAGACCUGGUACCACCGAUAAAGGAAGAAAGUACGAAGAUAUGAUUACGACUAACAUCAUACUACAAAUGGUAAGCGACAGUAAAAUAAGAAAUUUCUACGUUUCGUCGAACGAUGCAAGUUUCGGUGAUUUCGACGAUGUAGUUAUCGAAGUUGAGACAGAUCGAGGAACUCACACAAAAGCAAUACAAUUAAAACACACCAGUCGAGGAACAUUAACCAAGCAACAACUAUUAAGCAAAAAGGGAGAUUUUUGCAUUUCCAAAUAUUUCAACUCCACCAAAAACAUACAGGACAAAGCGCAACAAUUUAUAUUAUUCACCAACAAGGAAUUUAAUAUUGCGGACAAAACAAAACUUAAACUCGAAGGAGAAGAGUUUCACAUAGAGUUGAUUAAAGUGUCAGCUUCAGAAAACAGUGCCGAGGAUUUAGGAAUCUCUAAAAAUAUAAACUAUUGGUAUAAAUUUCAAAUUAUAGAAGAGAAGUGGAGUAAAGAAGAUUUUGAAAAAAUUCAGCAUUACAAAACAUUCUUCGAACGAUUUCGUCUUUACACUAACCAAGAACGGUUGGAAAAUCUUACAAAAUCAACUAUGGAUAGAUUUACUGAGAUGUUCUGUUCCAACGAAGAAACAUUCGACGCUUAUUUUAAGUUCAUUUCGGAAUGGAGUUUGAAAGAAGGGCUCAAGGAAAAACUAAGCAAAAAAUUUACGCAACGUUUAAUUGCACUUCGUUUGCUUUCUCCUUAUAUUGAACCUUUUGCUUUCGGUCCGGUCAGUGACGAUAUGAGGAUCCUUCGAGACGCUAUUUAUCAAUUCGACAUCACGUUGUUGCAGGAAGAAGGCACUAACAGAGUUAAAAAAUUGUGGGGCGACUUGGACAAAAAUCUUGAUUUCAACGAAUUAAACAAAGUGCGAACUCGCUAUUCUCUUUCUUCUGCUUAUAUAGCUAGUGUCGAAAAUCUGGACGAAAAUAUGUUGACGCAGUUGUUAUGGUUGAUGGACAAAAGUCCGUUGAUUGUAAAAGAACACAAAAAUAUCGAAAAAGCUGUUCAGCUUUGUCGUGAUAAAAAAUUCGUUUUACUUAGUGGUGGAGGGUGUAGGGAAUGGAUGGAAGAUCGUUCCGUUUUUCAGAACUUGUCACAUUUAGAGUCAAAACUUGAGUUGUAUGAAAAGAUGCUACAAAAUUUUACCAUUUCGUUGCAGGGAAAAAAUGCAGUUAAUUUGAAGACCGCGUUUGAACAAAAUAAAACAUUUUUAAAGCACGUGAGUGUAAAUAAACUUUUAGAAAUGUCAAAUGGUUUGUGCUACAUUGGUGGACAAAAAGAAACUUUUCCUAAUCUUUAUAUCGAUAGAUGUUUGUCGGUUAAUAUAAUAGACACUGAAUAUUUAGAAGUUGUUAGUCAAAACACAGUUAUAAUUCUGAAUUGCGAUGACAAUAAUUAUAAACAAAUAAAAAUAUCCAGAAAACACACCCUAAUGGAUAUAAACGAUUUUUUCGUUUCUACAACGUCGAAAAUUUGCCACACUCCAGUUAUUAUAAUGAGUAAGAAUAAAUGUAGCGAAUCUGAUUUUCAAAAAGUCUGUACUAAAAUAGUAGAUUCCAAAAUUGUCCACUAUUUUGAAUUUCUUAAUAACAAAGAUUUACAAUGGGUCCGAAGCAGAGGCGAUGUUAGUGAAUUGCGCAAAUAUAAGUCAUCCAGUCAUUCCAAAAACGAAAGCAAAAUUUGGUCUUCCGAAUUCAGCAACAAAAUUAAUUUAGUGAUAGGCGAUCCGGGAAUGGGAAAAACUGAGCUAACAAAAAGCUUAAAAAACAACUGUUGUUCUAAAUACUGGACGGUGAUUAUGAAUCCUCAAGAUGUUAAUUCAUUGUUUAAAAUUUUACAAACAUCGGAUUACUUAAAUCGGUUUGAAUCAUUUAUCUUAAACGAAAAAUAUCCAGACCUUGAACAGUUUGAUCGAGAAUUUUUCAAAAUGUGUUUGAACCAAAACCAUGUCGUCUACGUGUGGGACGCUCUCGACGAAAUUUUAACAAAAAAUUUGGACGCGGUUUCCGAUUUAAUCCUUCUAUUAUCACAACGAGGUUUCGUUCAGUGGGUCACCGCAAGACAACACUUGCGGUCCUUUCUUGAAAAAAAAUUCAACGUAUUGUCGGUGAGUAUUAACCAGUUCAGCGAGACCGAGCAAGACGAUUACAUCAGAAAACGCCUUUCCAAUUUGAUUUCGUCCGUCGACAUGAAAAUAACCAUCGAGAAAAUUAAAUCAACGUUUGCAUUCACAAAGCACGUCGAUAUUCUAGGGAUUCCGCUGCAGAUUUUUAUGGUUACAGAGAUCUUCCGUCAAAAUAAAGAAACUUGUUUGGAAUUAUUGAACAACAGGUUUCUCUUGACUGAUUUAUAUCGUUAUUUUAUUGACGGAAAGUUCAGGUUCUUCUUUGGAGGUAAAGUACCUGUGGUAGGUGAUUAUUGGGAGGCAGAAAUCGCGAAGAAGAAGGAAGAAAAAUUAAAGCAGUAUGAAAAAUUUGCACUUGAGUUAAUAUUUCCGGAAGAAACUUUGAAAGAGUUGAAGAUUGACUACGCACGAGAUGUAAAUUUAGUUUCUGAAGAUUUUGCAACUGUUGGUAUUGUCACUGGAUUACAAAACGGGAUUCCGCAAUUCGUGCACGCGUCCUUUGCCGAGUAUUUUGUGGCCUUAUUUUUUUCUAGAAAUUGGAAAAAGCUAAGCAGAGACAUAUUUUUUGAUCAAAAGUACAAUAAUGUACGAUUUUUUUUCGAUAUACUGACUGGGAAAAAUUCAUCGGUCCACAUUGCGGUGUUAUAUAGGAAUUUUGAUGAAUUAAGGAGUUAUAAUGACCAAAUGAUAAAUCGUAAGGAUGACGUUGGAAGAAGUGCCUUACAUCUUCUUUGUUCUUGGGGGUCAAGAUAUCCACGUUUGAAGGUACAAGAAAGAGAUGACCGUUAUGUAAUCGCCUACGAUAAUAGGGAAUAUAUGGAAUUACUUGAGACUGGAGAAUAUUUCCAGGCAUUGCAAAUUUUGUUAAACAAAUGUGAAAUUUCCGAACAAGAUUUGUUAUUUAAAAUCACCCCCUUAGAAUGUUGUCGAGAAACUGAGAGUUUAGGAGCGGAACUAGAAUUAUUACAAUCAAGAAAAUUACAAUUCCAACAAUCGUAUAAUAGAAAUGAUAGAAUUAACAUUUUGUAUUAUUCUGCUCAGUUUGGAUACGACGAAGCGAUUAAAAUGGUUAUUCCGGAAGAUGUUGACUCUUGUUACAAAGAAGUCAAUUUUAUUAGCCACUUUGGUAAAACUCCUUUGUUAAUGGCUUCUCGAAAGGGAUACGCAACAGUUGUAGAAUACUUAGUCAAAUGUGGAGCCAAAAUCUAUAUUGCUGAUUAUUUCAAUCAGACACCGCUACAUGGAGCGUCUUCGAAAGGCCACGAAAAAGUAGUCGAAUAUUUGGUGAAAUGUGAAGCCAAAAUAAAUUGUUCUGAUCUGAAUCGUGAGACACCGCUUUUUGCAGCUUCAUCGAAUGGCCACGAAAAAGUUGUCGAAUAUCUAGCGGAAUGUAAAGCCGAUGUCAAUCAUGUUAAUAUAUAUGGCAAGAGACCUCUUCAUGGAGCUUCUUCCAAAGGUCACGAGAAAACAGUCGAAUGUCUAGUCAAACAUCGAGCCAAUAUCGACCAUACCGAUAAUGAUGGAUGCACACCGCUUUUCACAGCUUCUUCUAAUGGCCACGAAAACAUUGUUCAAUUUUUAGUGAAAUCCGGAGCUGGAAUCAACUUAGCUGAUAAACAUGGUCAAACACCGCUUUUCACAGCUUCUUCUAAUAGCCACGAAAACAUUGUUCAAUUCUUAGUGAAAUCCGGAGCUGGAAUCAACUUAGCUGAUAAACAUGGUCAAACACCGCUUUUCAUAGCUUCUUCUAAUGGCCACGAAAACAUUGUUCAAUUUUUAGUGAAAUCCGGAGCUGGAAUCAACUUAGCUGAUAAACAUGGUCAAACACCGCUUUUCACAGCUUCUUCUAAUGGCCACGAACACAUUGUUCAAUUUUUAGUGAAAUCCGGAGCUGGAAUCAACUUAGCUGAUAAACAUGGUCAAACACCGCUUUUCACAGCUUCUUCUAAUGGCCACGAAAACAUUGUUCAAUUUUUAGUGAAAUCCGGAGCUGGAAUCAACUUAGCUGAUAAACAUGGUCAAACACCGCUUUUCACAGCUUCUUCUAAUGGCCACGAACACAUUGUUCAAUUUUUAGUGAAAUCCGGAGCUGGAAUCAACUUAGCUGAUAAACAUGGUCAAACACCGCUUUUCACAGCUUCUUCUAAUGGCCACGAAAACAUUGUUCAAUUUUUAGUGAAAUCCGGAGCUGGAAUCAACUUAGCUGAUAAACAUGGUCAAACACCGCUUUUCACAGCUUCUUCUAAUGACCACGAAAACAUUGUUCAAUUCUUAGUUAAAUCCGGAGCUGGAAUCAACUUAGCUGAUAAACAUGGUCAAACACCGCUUUUCACAGCUUCUUCUAAUGGCCACGAAAACAUUGUUCAAUUCUUAGUUAAAUCCGGAGCUGGAAUCGACUUAGCUGAUAAAUAUGGUCAAACACCGCUUUUCGUAGCUUCCUCUCAAGGUCACGAAAAAAUUGUCGAUUGUCUAGUGAAAUGCAAAGUCGAUAUCGAUCACGUCGACAACGAUGGCUGGACACCACUUUACGUAGCUUCCUACAACGGCCAUAAAAAAACUGUUCAAUGCCUAGUGAUUCAUAAAGCUCAAAUCGAUUUUGUUGAUAAAUAUGAUCGGUCACCACUUUACGCAGCUGUUUCUAACGGCCAUGAAGAAGUUGUUCAAUAUCUAGUGGAAUGCGGAGUUAGAAUCCAUCGUGUUGAUAAAUGCGGUGAGCCACCGCUUUACGCAGCUUCGUCGAAGUCCCAGAAAAGAAUCGUCCAAUACCUACGGAAAUGCGACGCCGAAAUCAAUCGACUUGACGAAAAUGGUUGCACACCGCUUUACCAAGCUUCUGAAAACGGUUGCCAAGAAAUUGUCCAAGAUCUAGUGAAAUGCGGAGCCAAUAUCAAUUUCGUUAAUACUAGUGGUAAGACCCCGCUUUACGUAGCUUCUAGAAACGGUUAUGAAGAGAUCGUCAAAUGCCUAGUGAAAUGCGGAGCCGAUAUCAAUCACGAUGUUUAUGGUAAGACACCUCUUUACGUAGCUUCUGAAAACGGUCAUGAAAAGGUCGUCACAUACCUAGUGGAAAACGGAGCCGAGAUAAAUCGCACUGAUUAUACUAAUUGUCAGACACCUCUUUACGUAGCUUCUGAAAACGGUCAUGAAAAGGUCGUCACAUACCUAGUGGAAAACGGAGCCGAGAUAAAUCGCACUGAUUGUACUAAUCGUCAGACACCUCUUUACGUAGCUUCUGCAAACGGUCAUGAAAAGGUCGUCACAUACCUAGUGGAAAACAGAGCCCUUAUAAAUUGCUUUGAUUAUACUAAUGUUCAGACACCUCUUUACGUAGCUUCUAGAAACGGUUAUGAAAAGGUCGUCACAUACCUAGUGGAAAACGGAGCCAUUAUAAAUCCCGAUGAUUAUCCUAAUCUUAAGACACCUCUUUACGUAGCUUCUGAAAACGGCCAUGAAAAGGUCGUCACAUACCUAGUGGAAAAAGGAGCCAAAGUCAAUAAUGAUAAUUAUCGUGGUCGGACACCACUUCACGCAGGUUCCGAAAAUGGCCACGAGAAGAUUGUUAAGUUCCUAGUGAAACGCGGGGCCGAAAUCAAUCGCGCUGACGAAGAUGGUCAGACACCACUCUGCGUAGCAUUUGAGAAAGGACACACUCAAGUAGUAGAAUAUCUACGAACGGUACAAUCCAAAAAUAACUAAUUAAAUUGUCACAAUGAUAUAUUUGCACAGUAAAUAAUACCUUAAUCAAAACAUCCAUACUUUUCAUCAAGGCAAAUUGUUAACUCAAUUUUUUCAAUCCCAUUUUUAAACUCUGUCGAAGCACUUUAGAUUCACCUUAAAUUGACUUAACUUUAACACUUAAAUUUAUUCCUAUCACAAUAUAGGCGAUGUAUUUUUAUUUAUUUAUUACUUUCUGAGCGUUAUUAAUUGAGUCCAUUCGGCGACUUGAUACUUGCAUGUUUUCUCGGCGCUUCAUGACCUCUAUAGAGUACGAAAAAUGUGGCAUACCGCUUUCGUCUGUCUGUCUGCCUGUCUAUCGUCUGUAUCAAUUUUUAUUAGACAUAAUUAUAAUCUCCAUGUAAACCUUGUAAAUCGGUAAGCAAAAUUUAUUCGUUUAUAUCCUCCCAAAAAAUUGAUGACCUCAUCUCGAAAUUUUGCCUAUCAAAUCCUCUCUGAAAUACUAAAAAAAUUGAUGAAUCAGGCAAUUUAUCCAAAUUGAUAUUUUGCAUUGGAAAAAUUCACUUUAAAAACGUGUAGCACGCUUUCUACAUUUAUUUUAACAUUACAUAUACUUUAGUUUUACUUUAUAACUUAUAAGGGUUAACAUAGUAAAAU